AUGCCCAGCUCAUGUAAAGAGAUAAGAGCCGCGCUGGCGCAAUGCCUUCAAGAGUCCGAGUGCGUCAUGGUCCAGCGCCAUUCGGCCGCCGAUUGCCUACGAGCACCGCUUUCCGAAACGCUGCCAACGAAAUGCCAACAGCUCAAGAAGGGGUUUGGCGAGUGCAGGAGAGGCAUGAUUGACAUGCGCAAGCGCUUCCGGGGGAACCAGCCAAUCACCUUCAAGAGCCUCGAGUCGACCGAUUCUGGAGAAGGGUACCAGCUCUACGCGGGUCGAUCCGCGUUCGGCGGUACCGUCAAGAAGACAGACGGGAACGAACCCGAGCCGAGGGACUGGCGGGAGGUGGAGAACGAGAAGUUCAGGAAGGAGCAGGAGGCGAAGGAGCAGAAGAAGUGA